AUGUCGAACGUUCCUGCUCAUCUCCCCGGUGACCUUGGAGAGCAUGACCCUCGUCGUGAGGCUCACCCCGUUGGCAACGAGCCCGGAUCCGGUGGCCAUGAGGUCAAGCUCGGCUCCGCUGAGGCCAAGGGCAUUGACAGCGAUGCCACUGCCGCUGAGAACAGCAACAACAACAACCCCAGAUCAGACAACACUGCUGAGCACGCCAUGGAGGGUGGCAGCACCGAGACCAUGGACCGUCACAAGCGUCAGCAGGCCUCCAGCAUCCCUGGUGGCCGCACUGGCCAGGACGGUGUCGAUGACCACCUCACCCGUGCCGGUCGUGAACAGGAGACCGACAGCCGCUCCAACUACGGCGAUAUCAACCGCACUCAGGGCUCAGGCUUGACCGGCUCAAACACCCACUCUCACCACCACCACGACCACCACCACGGCUCGACUGGCUCGGGUCUCACUGGCUCAGGUCUGACCGGCGGUUACUCACAGUCUGGCACUGAGCCCAUCUCUGGCGUCAGAGGUGCCGGUGUUGGCGGUGCUCCUUACGAUGCUGGCAACGUCCAGUCUACUGGCUUCAGCGGUUCCGACCCCCAGGAGCGCCAUCAGCUCCACCACGGCACUGCCCACCACCCCCACGACUUCAGCCACAACCACAACACCCGCACUGGUGAGCUCCUCGACCCUGCCAGCGGUAGAGACACUGGCAUUCCCGGCUACACUGGCGGUGCCUCUGGCUUGACCGGCUCAUCUACCGCCGGCACUGGCUAUGGUCAGACCGGCACUGGCCUUACCGGCUCAUCGCACACUGGUUACGGCCAGACCGGCUCCACUGGCGAGCGCCUCAGAGAGGGUCUCCGCGAGGGUGAGCGUGGCCUCAGUGGCUCUCACACCGGCACCGGCCUUACCGGUUCGCACACUGGCACUGGCCUCACUGGCUCAUCUACCACCGGUGCUGGCUACGGCGAGACCGGCUAUGGUCAGACUGCCGGCACCAGCUUGACUGGCGGCACUGGCCUCGGCUCUCAGCCCUCAGGCUACGGCGGUCAGACCGGCUCCACUGGCGAGCGUCUCAGAGAGGACGUCCGUGAGGGCGAGCGUGGUCUCACCGGCACCUCGACUGGCCACCACGGCUCGACCGGCUCAGGCUUGACUGGCUCCACCACUGGUCAGCACGAGUCCACUGGCGAGCGCGUUAGAGAUGAUGUCCGCGAGGGCGAGCGCGCUACCGGUCACGACAGCACCGGCACAACUGGCGAGCACAAGAAGGCCUCCCUCUUGGACAAGCUCAACCCCAUGAAGGAUGCUGACGGUGACGGCAAGAAGGGCUUCAUGAAAUAA